GCUACACGUUUGGUAAUAAUUUUCCAAUUCAAUAAAUUUCCAGGAAAAACCACAGACACACACACCUCGCCCCCCCCCUUUUUCUCCCCUCCUUCUUCCUUCCCUGCGUGCAUCUUCUGUUUGACUCCUCCUCCUCCAUGACAGCAUCGAGCAAGUGACCGACUAGCCCCUGUUGGACGACUGGGGACCUCAUUCUCUCACUCCCAUUCCUCCUCACUUUCCACAAUCCCCCCCCCUCCCUUCUCCCUCCUCCCCUGCUUCUCUCAGCUAUUUGCCUUCCACCUCUUCCCCCCACUACGCAUUCUCACCGCCUCGCCGAAUAAUUAUCCCGCUCGUCAAUUCCCAGCCGUCAUCAUCCCAUUUGUCACCUCUGGCAGCAUCCUCACUCCAUGUUGGCCAGCAAUUUAUCUCAAUGGAGGUCACCUCCGCCUAUCAUGGAGACUCCACUGGUAGAGGCGGCAUCCCUACCUGCAGACUCGUUCCUAGGAUCCAACCUGUUGUCCCCAAAACCGUUCAAGCACGACGUGGAAUUCUCGUCCAGAGGUCCACUCAUACCUCCGUGCGAGCACAGUCAUUCAGACGGGGAGAUGCAUUCUCAUGCGUUUGACCUGCUCUCGCUCUCUGGACCUAGUCCCUCCAGCGACACGGCUGUCCCGUCAUCUGUCCCCGCCACGUCUGUCCUCUCCGCGACCCGACCUACGGGGAUCACUGCUGCUCUGCCACCGAAACCACGGAGAAUGAGCAGUUCGACCACUGGAGUAUUGGGAAGAGGGAAGCUCGGAUUAACGGGAGAUUCUACACAUCCUCCGCCUAAUGCCAAUGGUCGACCAACUCUCAAUCACGCCGCGACUCACUCAUCCUCCUCUCGCCGUCCUGGAUCGAGCUCUUCUACCACGCCCCAAUUAUUCGACUUUACAAAAACUGAUCGUCGACCAUCACACAAUGGCCCCAGGCCAGUAGUGCACGAUCGUCGGUCGAUCUCAAAUCCGCUGAUUGCAGCGUCGUUACCGAAUGGAUCGUCUCUUGGCUCGCACGUCCACAACUCGUCUUUCAAAUCCGCACUCAGAGCACAGGCAUUGGCACAGAACGGGGCACUGAGAGCAAACGCUGUCGAGGAUGGAGAAUUGGACAUGACAUUCGACGGGGAGGACGAAGACGACGAGUUGGGCAGUUUGGAGGAUCUAGAUAUGGACCUGGAUGGCGAGGAUCUGACACCAGAGGAGAUAAAAAAGCUUGCGUUGGGAUCAGGCAGCGGCGGUGUCAAGGGCAGAAGGAAGGGAAUGGUCUUCAAGUGUGAAAACUGUGGCAAGGAAUAUCGCCACCCCAGUUGUCUCAUCAAACAUCGGUGGGAACACAGUCCGCACUGGCAAGAGCCUACCCAGGUUAGCAUGUCGAAGCAUCAGCAGGUGCAGCUUUUAGAAGUGAGUAGCGGAGACAUCCGUUCAGUCCCCCAAAUCUCAUUGAAUCACUUGCAGGCCGCCGCCAUCCUCGCCCAUCUCGACCCAUCCCAAGGCCGCUCACUACCGACCGACAAAUCUCUCUGGCCAGCCAUACUAUCACCCAUGCUGGGAGAAACGGCACAAUUGCGUCGUCCAUCUGUUUCUGGCGAGACCGCGUCCAGAGACCCAUCCUCUGUCCGCUCACCUCAGAGCACCGUCCCUCCACUGACUCCAUCCUCUCUUCGAGACGUUUCCAAUAUGCAACAACCAAGAAAAUCAUCGCCAGGCAGCGAUUCGACCACCUCGUCCGAUGGUUACUCGCAAUUACGGGUAAAUGGUAUCGAUCACAGUCGACCAGUCGGUAUCAACGCCAAUGCCAAAGCCAACGGUCAUCACAACCGACCCACUUCCUCCUUGUCCUCUUCUAUACCUGGACCUGGGACGCCGCAAAGUGUCGGAUCACUCCCUAACGAGCUCGCCGGGCUUCACUUUUAUCCUCAAGGCACGCCAAGCUCACUCGCUGGAUCCAAUGCCAUUAGUCCUAUCCCGAACCGUGGUGGCGCACCAUUAUCCCUCAAGAGUCGUGGAGGCGUUGGUGGAGGCAUGUUUGGACCUAUCAACACCGCCAUGCCUUCGUCCAGUGUCCGAUCUGGAGCCAUGGCAGAUGAUGAGGAAGAGCUCAGUUCAGAAGGACGAGGGGAUGGAUCUUCACCGAGAGGAAGAGGGAAGAGCAGUUCAGAAGAAGUGGAAGAGAGGAGGAAGAACAGGGAAGGGGAAGAGUGGGGUAUGGCCAUGGAGAUGGAAUUGUGAGCGUGGAAGGCAGCGUCGUGGCUAGGCGCCAUAGCACUCGCUGGCAUCUGUAAUAUCAUGUCUCGGAGGGAAGGGGAGAUCAAAGAGGAGAAACGUUGAAAGGCGGGUGUUUGUGAGAACGGAAAUGAAAGCCGGGAAAGGGUUAAGCGCAAUGACAAAUCAAAGUAAUUAUCAACAUUCUCAAGGAGGUUCUGUCUGUAUUUCCCGUGGAUGUGGAUGGGACUAGGAGCCUCCGAGGAGGAUGCACAUGUCAAAGUUUAUGAAUCACAAAUGCAUGCAGUGGGAUACAC